AUGUCUUCUCAAACUUCCACAGAGAACAACACUGUCGAGAUCGACAACAACAGCAUCCUCAAUGCUUCAACUCCCAAAGCCUUGGGAGUUCCCUCGGCAGACAAGUCAGCCAAGGAAUCAAAGCCAAGCCAGGCUCUGGACGAGAUGGUCGAGGCUCUUGACGCAGAGAUAGAGCAGACAAAGGAGGGGAUGAGGGCCGUCUGGGAAGAGAUUGCCAUUGAAAAUGGGAAGCUCUACACGAUCCAGGAGUGGAUUUAA